CAGCUCGCGUCUGUACAGACGCGCCCUCGCUUCUUCCUCUUUCUCGACUCCAUCUUCGCGGUAGCGGCAGCUGGGACCGCGGUUCAGUCGUCAACAUGCAGCUCUUUGUCCGCGCCCAGGAGCUACACACCCUCGAGGUGACCGGCCAGGAAACGGUCGCCCAGAUCAAGGCUCAUGUAGCUUCACUGGAGGGCAUUGCCCCGGAAGAUCAAGUCGUGCUCCUGGCAGGCACCCCCUUGGAGGAUGAGGCCACUCUGGGCCAGUGCGGGGUGGAGGCCCUGACUACCCUGGAAGUAGCAGGCCGCAUGCUUGGAAGGUGAGUGGAGAGAAGAAUGUUCUUUGAACUACCGGUAAGCGUCUAGUGGGUGGGGGGUGCAUAGUCUUGGCAGCUGAGGUGUCACACCUAUGGUAAGUAGAGUACUCUCUCACUGCCCUCAGUUCAGAGUGAUUCUUCCUGUUUACAUCCCUCAUGUUGACAACAGAGACUGAGCCAGAGUGUAGUUGUGUUUCAGUCACAUCAUGAGAUCCGAGUCUGGUUAUCAGCUUCCCCACUAAAUUAGGUCAGACCGGGGCCCCCAAAGUGCUCUAGAAAGUUAGAGCUGGAAAAUCCUGAAAUGAAACUUAAGAUUUCAAGGUCAGAUAUCUGCAGCUUUGUUCCAUUACCUGUUGGGCCCAGCUUCUCUUUAAAGGCUUGAAUUGAGGAAAGAGGGGUUCUGCCGGGUGGCACCUUCUUGCUCUUACCUGCUGGUUCCUUCCUUUCCCAUUACAGGUAAAGUCCAUGGUUUCCCUGGCCCGUGCUGGAAGUGAGAGGUCAGACUCCUAAGGUGAGUGAGAGUAUUAGUGGUCAUGUUGUUUGGACUUUGUCUUUUCCUGUCACAGCUAAAUUAAGUCCCUGGGUUCUUACCCGGUUUGCCUUCUCCCUCCCUGGAGAUGAGCCUGAGGGAAAGGAUGCUAGAUGUGGAAGACAGAAACCAGGGCCUGAUUAACCCCUCCCUUCUUCAGGUGGCCAAACAGGAGAAGAAGAAGAAGACCGGUCGGGCUAAGCGCCGGAUGCAGUACAACCGGCGCUUUGUCAACGUUGUGCCCACCUUUGGCAAGAAGAAGGGCCCCAAUGCCAAUUCUUAAGUCCUUUGUAAUUCCGGCUUUCUAUAAUAAAAAAGCCACUUAGUUCAGUCA